AUGUUCAAGACACUCCCAUUAUUUAUAACAGCCACUGUCCUAUUUAUCUAUUUAUUUCAAAUAUCGUAUAAAAUAAUAAAUAGCAAUAUAAGAAUUAAUCAACUUGAAAUUAUAUACAAACAAAAAUCAUUCGCGGUGUUACACAAAUAUGAUUCAUUAAGAAACUUUGGGAAAAUUAAUCCAAAUAAAAUUAAAAUAAGUACAAAUACAUAUAUCAAACAUGAUUUUUACUACAUCGAUGAUCCAAUCACACAAAGUACUUUUAAAGAAAUAUUUUCUAAUGCUACUGCCACCACUUUUGCCAAUGAAUAUAACAAUUUCAAUACAGAUUUGGAAGAUUACUUAAAAAUGAUCCAAGACUAUUAUUAUUCACCUUUAUUAGCUGGGUUAACUGAUGAAGGAAAUGAUACAAUUGAAGGAAUAGAUAUUUCUUUUUUCACAUAUACAAUAUAUAAGCCGCCAUAUAAGACCAGUUCAAGAAAUGCGCCGAAUUGUACUAUACUUAUGUUGGUAAGAAAUUGGGAAGUUGAUGGUGCACUCAAAACAAUAAGAGCAUUAGAGGAUAGGUUUAAUAAAAAUCACAGGUAUGAUUGGGUUUUCCUUAAUGACGAACCAUUCACUUUAAGUUUCAUAAGGUCAACCUCAUCAUUUGUCUCAUCUGGCAAAAUCAAAUAUGGGAUCAUUCCCAAGACACAUUGGAAUCCACCAGUAGCUAACACUUCUGAUAAAAAUGGUUUAAACAUGACAGCGGUUAACCUUAACAUGGAAAGCAUGGAGAAGAGAGGUGUUUUGUAUGGAGGUGUUUUAUCUUAUAGAAAUAUGUGCAGAUUCCAAAGCAUGAAAUUUUAUAAACACCCAGCAAUGCUGGAGUAUGAGUAUUAUAUGAGAGCUGAGCCAAAUGUUGAAUAUUUUUGUGACUUUCACAUGGAUCCAUUUGAGUAUUUAUACAAGAAAAAUGCCAAAUAUGGAUUCGUUAUUUCGAUGUAUGAAUACGAGGAUACGAUUCCAACGCUAUGGGAGACUGUGGAGAAUUUUAUAGAGGGGGAAAUAAAUGACGGUUGCAAAUUGGGAAAUUGUUGGGAUUUUAUAACAGAUAGUGGCAUUGCAGGGAAAUAUAGGCCGGUAGUAGCCUCAAACAGUGAUUAUAAUUUAUGUCAUUUUUGGUCCAAUUUUGAAGUCGGGUCCUUAUCUUUUUAUAGAUCUGAAAAAUAUAAUAACUUUGUUGCCUAUUUGGAUAAUACUGGUGGGUUUUAUUAUGAGCGAUGGGGAGAUGCUCCUAUUCAUACAAUUGGAGCACUUAUGCUAUUAAAUGAGGAGGAAAUUGUUCAUUUUGACACAAUUGGUUAUUAUCAUGCGCCGUUUGGCACUUGUCCCAAUAGUGAAAAUAUAAGAUUGCAACAAAAAUGUAUUUGCGACCCAACCCAUUUAAAAAAUAUAGAUAUCCAGCCAAAUAGUUGUUUAAUGAGAUGGUGGAAGCAUGGUGGGGGCAAGAAAUUCACAUAUUUUUGA